AUGAUUCCAGAUCAUUUGUUUGAAGAGGGCAUAAAUUAUUCAUUACUCAGAAGAGACAUGAAGCAUGUACAGUUGAAUAGAGUUGUUUAUGAUAAGUCACAGAGGGAUUACGAGCGUGAGCAGCGUAAUCUGCUUUCAUCUCAAGAUGGUGACACUUGUGAAAUCCACGACCAGUUCUAUAGAGACCACAAGCUUCUCCUGGUUCUAUUCCGGGUGUUGGCUGUGAUGCCGAUCACACGCUCACGGCCUGGAACAAUCACAUUCAGCUGGAAAUCUCGGGCUACAAUCUAUGCCAUAUUCUUCUACAUCGUAACUACAGUAAUCGUUCUGGUCGUUGGGUACGAACGUAUAAUGAUCCUGCGUUCGACGAAAAGAUUCGACGAUUACAUUUAUGCUAUACUAUUCGUCGCCUUCCUCGUUCCACACUUUUGGAUCCCGUUCGUCGGGUGGGGUGUCGCACACCAAGUGGCCAUUUAUAAAACGAAUUGGGGAAAGUUUCAAGUUAGAUAUUAUCGUAUUACCGGUGAAAAUCUUCAGUUCCCGAACUUGAAAACUUCCAUAGUCAUCAUUAGCGCGGGUUGCUUACUCCUAGCAGUGGGCUUUCUUCUUAGUCUUUGUGCCUUAUUGGAUGGCUUCCUGUUACGUCAUACUAUGGCGUAUUAUCACAUUAUAACGAUGAUUAAUAUGAACUGUGCGCUUUGGUACAUUAACUGCAGAGGCAUCAAGAUUGCAUCUCAGAGCCUCUCCCGAUGCUUUCAGAGGGAUGUGAGGGUAGAAUGUACGGCCAGUCUGAUAUCAAGUUAUCGCUAUCUCUGGCUCAACUUAUCCGAGCAACUACAAUUGCUGGGAAACGCGUACGCACGAACCUAUUCCACAUAUUGUUUAUUCAUGUUCUUCAAUAUAACAAUAGCAGUGUACGGCGCGCUCUCGGAAAUCGUUGACCAUGGGUUCAGAUUUAGUUUCAAGGAAAUGGGACUCUUUGUAGACGCUGCCUAUUGCUCAACGCUACUCUUUAUUUUUGCCGAUUGUUCCCAUAAAUCUACGCUUCAGGUCGCCGCUGGGGUUCAAGACACUUUACUUUCAAUUGACGUGCUCUCCGUGGACCGACCGACUCAGAAAGAGAUUGAUCACUUUAUUCAGGCAAUUGAGAUGAACCCCGCUGUCGUAAGCCUGAAAGGUUACGCACAUGUUAAUAGAGAACUUCUAACAUCGGCAAUAAGCAUGAUUGCAAUAUACCUCAUAGUUUUACUGCAAUUCAAGAUUUCGCUGCCCAAGGACCCGAACGUAUAACUUCACAUCUCUUCGCAUCUGGAUCUCAAAAAA